AUGACUCAGCCGCAGGUGAAUGAGUUCAUUCCUCCUCCCGAGUGCCCUGUUUUUGAGCCCAGCUGGGAGGAAUUUGCCGAUCCUUUUGCGUACAUCAACAAAAUACGACCAAUUGCAGAGAAAACCGGUAUCUGCAAGAUCAGACCACCACCGGAUUGGCAGCCACCGUUUGCCUGUGAUGUCGACAGACUCAAAUUCACGCCACGAAUCCAACGGCUUAAUGAGCUGGAGGCUCAGACCAGAGUUAAACUCAACUUCCUGGAUCAAAUAGCGAAAUUCUGGGAGCUACAAGGAUGCACAUUGAAAAUUCCUCAUGUGGAACGAAAGAUUCUGGACCUGUACCAACUGAAUAAGUUGGUGAAUGAAGAGGGAGGCUUUGAUGCAGUCUGCAGAGACCGCCGCUGGACUAAGAUUUCCGUCAAGAUGGGCUUUGCUCCAGGAAAGGCUAUUGGCUCUCACCUCCGGGCACACUAUGAGCGGAUCCUUUACCCAUAUAACCUUUUCCAGACUGGAGCCAAUCUCUCCGCGGCCACCUUGACCAAUGACACUAAAGAUAAGGAGUACACCCCUCACGACCUGCCGCAGCGUCAGUCAGUCCAACCCCAGGAGACCUGCAGCAUCGCUCGCCGAGCCAAACGAAUGAGAGCUGAGAAAGGAUAUGUCAAAAGUGAACCCAGAGAAGUUCGUGAGAUUCGUCCCAACCUGAGGAGGAGAAUGGGAACAUAUAUUCCCAAACCAGAACCUGUGAGAAUGGCAGUCACUGAGGUGAAAACUGAGCCCAUUGAACACAAGGAAACAACUGAAAAUGAAGAAACUAUAUUAAAUACAAUAAACAUCCCCCCAGUGAAUAAAGUGGACCAGUACAUGUGCCUGGUGUGUGGCAGUGGAAGUGCUGAGGACCGCCUGCUAUUAUGCGACGGCUGUGACGACAGCUAUCACAUCUUCUGUCUCAUCCCUCCACUCCACGAUGUUCCCAGAGGUGACUGGAGAUGCCCCAAGUGCCUGGCUCAGGAAUGUGGCAAACCUCCUGUUGCAUUUGGCUUUGAGCAGGCCAGCAGGAGCUACACCCUCCAAGCUUUUGGAGACAUGGCUGACUCCUUCAAGUCUGAUUAUUUCAACAUGCCAGUUCAUAUGGUGCCAACUGAGCUGGUGGAGAAGGAGUUCUGGCGUCUAGUGAGUACCAUCGAGGAGGAUGUGACUGUGGAGUACGGAGCAGACAUUGCCUCCAAGGAGUUUGGGAGUGGUUUUCCUGUGAGAAACGGACAUUUUGAAGUCUCUCCUGAGGACGAGCAUUACCUGAGCAGCGGCUGGAAUUUGAACAACAUGCCGGUCCUCGAUGCCUCGGUGCUGACCCACAUUACAGCCGACAUCUGUGGGAUGAAGGUACCCUGGCUGUAUGUGGGCAUGUGCUUCUCCUCUUUCUGCUGGCACAUCGAGGACCACUGGAGCUACUCCAUAAACUAUCUGCACUGGGGUGAGCCAAAGACGUGGUAUGGGGCUCCUGGUUAUGCUGCAGAGCACCUCGAGGCGGUCAUGAAGAAACUGGCUCCUGAGCUGUUUCAGUCUCAGCCAGAUCUCCUUCAUCAGCUGGUUACCAUCAUGAAUCCCAACACUCUGAUGAACAACGGUGUCCCGAUCUAUCGCACCAACCAGUGUGCAGGUGAGUUUGUCAUCACUUUCCCCAGAGCUUACCACAGUGGAUUCAACCAGGGUUUCAACUUUGCUGAAGCAGUCAACUUCUGCACCAUGGACUGGAUGCCCAUUGGCCGUAGCUGUGUGGGUCACUAUCGCCAGCUGAGCAGAUACUGCGUCUUCUCCCACGACGAGAUGGUUUGCAACAUGGCCUUUAAAGCAGACACGAUGGAUGUUGUUCUGGCAUCAACACUGCAUGAGGACAUGACUCUCAUGGUCCAAGAGGAGAAGGAACUACGAGAGAAAAUUAACAAAAUGGGCGUGGUGCAGUCUCAGCAGGUUGAUUAUGAGGUGCUCCCAGAUGAGAAACGGCAGUGUUUCAAGUGUCUGACCACCUGUUACCUGUCUGGCAUCACCUGUGCCUGCAGUCCUGACAAGACGGUUUGCUUGUACCACACCCAGAACCUCUGCUUUUGUCCUCCUAGCAACCUCACACUCAAUUACAAGUUUACACUGGAUGAGUUGUACCCAUUGAUGGCCUCUGUGAAGCUGCGUGCAGAUUCGUAUAAAAACUGGGUGUCUAAUGUCCAGGACAUCGUGGAGAACAAAGGAACCAAGAAAAAAGGGUUGGAGGAGCUUCACGUCCUGGUAGAGCAGGCGGAAACAAAGGCGUUCCCUCAAACCAGCCUCCUGGAUCAGCUGCGUACAAUCACCUCCGAGGCUGAUAAAGUUUCUGUGACAGCACAGCAGCUUCUCAAUGGGAAGAGGCAGACGAGGUACCGCUCUGGAGGAGGAAAGUCUCAAAGCCAGAACGAGUUAACUGUGGAGGAGCUGAGGUCGUUUGUCAAACAGCUGGACAACCUGCCAUGUAACAUCCGACAGGCUCCUUUACUGAAGGACCUUUUGAACCGGGUGGAUGACUUCCAGCAGCGCAGCGAACGCCUCCUUUCUGAUGAGUCACCCAGUCCCCUGGAGCUGCAGGACCUGCUGGAUGUGAGUCUGGGCCUGGACGUGGAGCUGCAGCAGCUGCCCCUGCUCAGAGAGAGACUGGAGCAGGCUCGAUGGCUGGAGGCUGUUCAGCAAGCCAGCAGCCGGCCAGACAGCCUCUGUCUGGACACUAUGAGGAGGCUGAUAGACCAAGGUGUGGGCCUGGCCCCUCACAGCUCUGUGGAGAAGGCCAUGGCUCGUCUGCAGGAGCUGCUGACGGUGUCAGAGCAGUGGGAGGAGCGAGUCCUCAGUCUCCUGGAGGCCAGGCCAUAUCACACCAUAGAAACCCUUGAUGCUGCUCUACAGGAAGUAGAAAACAUCCCUGCUUAUCUGCCCAACUGUUUGCAGCUGAAGGAUGUUGUCAGCAAGGCCAAGAAAUGGCUCCAUGAAGCUGAAAUGCUUCAGCUCGGGGGACGUAUUCCUGUGCUUGACAGCCUCUCUGAGCUGGUUCUCAGAGCAGAUGGCAUCCCAGUGAAGCUCGACCAGCUCAGUCGCCUCGAGGCACUCGUCAGCGACGUCCAGAGCUGGAAGGAGACCGCCACGAAGACAUUCCUACUGAAAAACUCCCCUUUCUCCCUCCUAGAGGUCCUCUGCCCAAGGUGUGACGUUGGGUCUGGACAUCAGAAGUCAAAAUCUAAAAAAAUGAAAGAAGCUCCACAGAUCAUUAAAAAGGCUUCAGCUAAACUGGACUCUGUGUGUGACGUAGAGAGAGCUCUCUCUGAGAGUAAGGACUCUGCCUCUGCUAUGGUGACUCUUGCAGAGGUUCGACAGAGGGAGAUGGAGAUCUUGCUGGCUCUGAGGUCUUCAAAUGAGUCCAAGCUUCUUCCUGCUGAAAGCUGUUGUGCACUUAGUGCUUGUGUUUGCCAAACGGCCCCUUCAGGAGCCAUGAUGCAGUGUGAGCUCUGUCGAGACAUUUUCCACUGUGGCUGCGUACCAGCGACCGCAGAUCUCGAGUACGGCCAGGCCUGGCUGUGCCCUCUUUGCCAGCGGUCGAGGAAACCUCCUCUGGACAAAGUCCUGCCCCUGCUGGCCUCCCUGCAGAGGAUUCGGGUGCGCCUACCAGAGGGAGACGCUCUGCGCUUCCUCAUUGAGAGGACGGUGCGAUGGCAGCACAGAGUCCAGCAAGCCUGCGCAGAUGGAGUACUUGAGAAUGUGUCAAAGAUGGUGAGAGUUGGACCCAGAGAGUCUUCACAUUUGCCUCAGGAAACAAAUGGCUCAUCUUUUUAUACAGAGCACCAUUCUGUUCCACUCCAGGGACUUAAUCCUGAGCUGGAGGAGCUGAUGGUGGAGGGAUUCCUGCUGCAGGUCACUCUGCCUGAGACUGAGCAACUGUACAGAUAUCUACUCUACAAACUGGCCCCCCUGCCCUCACAGAGCCCCCCUAGUGGGAACACCACAGAACAGGAGCAGAACUCACCGAGAGGGAGCCCUCAACACAACAAGAAUGGAGCUCCGAGUGUUAAAAAGGAGGCCAUAAAUGGUCAGAGCAAGCGGACCAAGCGCCGUAAGGACAGCUCCGAUUCUCAGCACAGCGAGAAGGCCAAGAAGUGUCGCAAGAAGAAACCCAAGAGAAGCAAAGAAAGGAGCGAAGAAUCGAAGAGUAAUGGUUCGCCCACCCACACGGGGUCUGACCCUGCUCUUUCAGACUCGUCGGAGGAUUACUCACUGUGUGCUGCACCGUGGUGCAGAGAGCCAGAGGGUGACGAGGUAAACUGGGUCCAGUGUGACGGCAGUUGCAAUCAGUGGUUCCACCAGAUCUGCGUUGGACUGUCUGCUGAGCGUGCGGAGAAGGAGGACUAUAUUUGCAUAAGCUGCACACAGCCAGACUACAGCCGAGGAGAAUAGAGACCAAAAAGUCAUGUUGAAGGAUGAGCAGAUUAACUGCAAGCUGCAGCAAGUGCACACUUGAACUCUGUGUGUCCUGCAGCUUCUCCCCUUUACCUUCUGGCUUGCCCUCAGUGAACAUGGUGCUAUUUCCUUUUUUUUUCCCCCCCCAGAGUUACUAAAGACUUCUGUCACUGUUUUUGUCACAUGGCUGGGUUUUCAGCCAGUCAGCUAAUCCUUUCUGAAACUUUCCAAGACUUGAUGCAGAUGUGGUAACAUGUUUCAAGAACCAACAGCGCAGGGAUUUUUCAACCAAAAAAAUGUCAGUUUGACAUUUUAGAACAGUUUGUUUUUCUUUUACAUGCAUCUGAACAAUGUGAAACUUUCUUUUUUUUUUUUUUCUUUUUUUUUUUUUCCUUGUAGAGUAAAUAUUAUUUAUCUAAGCAAUAGCUGAACAGAUUAAUUAAAGGUUCAGUUUUCACCUGAGCUAUAUUUGUGCGUAGAAACACUUUGAUAAAAUGCCUUCCUAAAGCAAAAACCCUGAAGAAUUCACUUUAUGAACCCUAUGAUACACAGUUCACUUCAAAUUUGUGUACACGUCAAAACAGAAAUGGAUCAACGAUCCGUUAACAAAUCACUGACUUUGAUAUGAAGUCGGGUUUUCCUUUUGCAAUGUCUGCAGAGGAAAGUAAAAGUCCCAUAUUCCUGCCGUUGGGUGAGACUUGAUUAUAGCCACAAAGUAAGAAUGAACUGUCCGACAUCAAAGGAAUGUACAUGUUGUUUUUUGGGUGAAUAAUUCCCUUUAUGGUUGAGGAUGGAAAUAUUGUGUUGGACUUAGAUUUAACACAGACUGUGUGAUUUAUUUUGCCACGGGUAUAUGACCUUUUUCCUGCUCCUUUGGGUAAAUAAUAUAAUUCAUAUGUUGCGGUUUGCAUUAUAAAAUAAAACGUUUGUUCCUGUA